AUGUGGCACGGAAUAUGUGCGGUCGUUUUGGCCGCUGGACUUGGUGUUCAAGCAACCUUCGUUCAUCCUGGGAUUAUCUUCACCUCGGAUCACAUUGAGACCAUAAGAGAAAAUGCUCUAUCGGGGAAUGAACCAUGGGCAUCGUCAUAUGCCGCCCUCGUGUCCAAUACGCGGUCCUCUUCUUCCUACGUUGUUGAAGGGGGCGGUGCAAUAAUUGGGGAAAACUCUGGCAAUGAUACCAUCGACGCCUGGACCACUGCAUGGGUGAAUGAUUGUUAUGCUGCUUGGUUAAACAGCUUGAGAUAUGUUAUUGAUCUUGAUGAUGCGCAUGCCAUCACCGUCGCCGGAAUUGCCGAUGCUUGGUCCGGCAACCUGACCGGGGUACUGGCAAAUAACAACUUGCCGACUGCCCUCAACGGCCGACAAUUAGUCAAUGCUGCUGAACUUGUAUAUUAUACCCGCGGAUCUUGGCCGUCGGGCUCCUCUAAAUACGCAAGACUGCAAGCCAUGGUUAGCAAUGUCCUGGUGCCGAACAAAGACCCCAUUGCCAAUCCUCCGACUCAACCUGUCGUGGGCGGCAACCAGGCAGCUUUAAGUCACAUCGCAGGCAUGGAGUUUGCCAUAUUUACCAACAAUGUCACGGGAUUCCAAGCGGAGUUGGACAUUCUUUUGCUACCCAAAACUGCAUGUGUCGGAUAUGAUGGUUCGGGCUUUCAGGCUUUGAUACAAAACAAGACCGGCCAGUGCGCCGAAGCAGGCCGGGAUCAGGGCCACUCCGCUGACGAGGUGGGAUGGUUAGAAGAAGGUGCACGCGUGGCAGCUAACCAAGGCUAUACAUCUCUAUUCGAUCUCGAAAGCCAGGAUGGCCUCGGGACCCCUCUCUUGAUGCUCGGCCUCGAAUAUUACUUCAAGUACAACACAGGCUCGGAUGUCCCGUUCGACACCACUUGGGGACCUUGCUGCUGUGGAACGAUCCUUUAUGACCAGAUUUCGAACAAAUCUCGGAGCACCGCCUAUCCGAUAGGAGAGAUCGCCUACAACUACUACAUCACUGAGGGUACUGGCAAGUACUCCAUGCCAUACACUAAAAUGUGGUUGGAGACGAAUCGACCCUUGGACACCUCCACAAACCUUAGAGAUUUCCUGGUCUAUCCUACUCUCACAUGGGCGGAUUCCGUCGUUUGA